GCCGUCGAGGAAACAACCUGCAAUUCCUCGGGCACAAACUAAAACCCGGCAUCAAAUAUUUUUCCCGUUACUCCGUGAUUUUUUCAUUGACGAUAUUGUUUAGGUAUUCGUUGACUCGUGAUUUGUUUUUGUGAUAAUUUUUUUUUUUUUCCUUCGGUACACGUGAGCACGGGAGAAUAACAGAGAGGAUUGGGUAGUUCGCGCAAAAGAUCGACCCUCGAAGGGGGUAGAACCCAGUGGACUCGGUCCCUCCCAGGGGCUGUCAGUUAAAGGUCCCCAUCGGCUUUCACAUUUUUCCCUCCCUUUACCGAGAAAAACACCAUGGAAAGCGGUACAACAGGUAUUGGCAGGCUAGACUGCUACGAGGAUAUGUUCAAAGAGAUUACGAGAAAAUUGUACGGCGACGAUCCCGAUCACAGAACCUCUAGUGUACAGAACGAAUUUGAGACUUCGGUUUCGUACAAAAACGACGAGGACACGGGAAAUGGUACUGACUCGGACGAUGGCAAUUGGACUUGCGAGGAAGAACCACUUAAAGGAACUGACGGCAGUAGGAUAGCUUCUUAUCACGCGGGAAAGUCCACCUGGCGUUGUUACGAAUGUGGUGAUUGUAUGGCCGGUGGACCGAGAGAUAUAGCAGAGCACUUUAUGGAGUUGCACUCGUCGAGAAUUUUGGACGAUUCGCGGAAUCGUCACCACUCACCGAGAAAGGAUUACCUACAGAGCGACGUGAAGCUUGAGGAUAUUCUUACGUACCUGGAAAGAGUGCGUGACAGGGCAGAGAGGCAGGCACCACCCUCCAGGAGGACGCAGGAGACCCAAACGGUCCCAGCUGCGUUACUUCCUGCUACAACCCCCUUUCUCCUGCAAGAGCUGCCGACCACGCCGCCACAGCAUUUGCACGCUAACCCCCCAACAAUGACUACCUCUUCAACAACCUCAUCAUCAAGUGGCAAACGCUACACCUGCCCGUACUGCCCCUACGGCACAGACAGACGUGAUCUCUACACCCGUCACGAGAACAUCCACCGUGAGGAGAAGCCCUUCCACUGUUACGUCUGCUACAAGCCCUUCAACCGUGCCGACCAUGUGAAGAAGCAUUUCCUCCGGAUGCACAGGGAGCACACGUACGAAUUGGCCAAGAUAAGACGAACACCGAGCACCAAUGGCACCAAGACAGUCCACGAGAGUAACACCAACAGCGCGGGUAUCAAUGGCACUUACACAACAAACUACAACAACAAUAAGAGCUAUCAGCUGCAGACGACACAGGCGACGGGUGUCGCUGGAGUGACACCAGCUCUCUAUCAGACUGCCAGUAUGACUAGUGUUGUUGGGGUCAUUCAGGAUAGCAAUUGCAGUAGGAGGAUACAGAAUACUGGCUGCAACAGCAAGAGCCACGUCAAGGCCGGCGCCAAGGGGGCUCAGGAGAGGAGAUACACCUGCUGCUACUGCUCAUGGAGUGGUGUCGACAAUUGGUGUCUGAAACGUCACCUGAACACUCACCUGAAGCCCUUCGCCUGCGCUCUGUGUGAGUACAAAGCAGCUCGAGCUGAACGUUUGGCCACACAUGUUCUGAAAGUCCACAACAAACGUCAGUGCUCGAGGUGCUCGUUCCUCGGUGAAGAUGCAGCGCAGUUGCAGCUUCACCAGCUUCAUGUUCAUCGUAUAAACACGGGUAAUUCGUCUGGUGGUGCCUCGGUGCCAGUCUCCGCGGCGCAAUCACCAACACUAGCCAGCCCGACUGCCCCAACUUCUGCUCCUGCACCUGCUCCAACGAUAAACAGACACGAUCCUGUCCAUCCUGCAGGCGGCGGCAGACCACCCCCCGGACCUCCAGUAUUCCCAGCUCCAGCAGCCGCCGUUGUGCCACCACCGACGACAAUCCUUGGUGAAUCAAAUGGCCGAAGUAGAUCUCGAAAGCAGCGAGAGCCCCGAAAGGUCCUGACUCAAGCAGAAAUCGAGGAAGAAGAAGAGGAAAAGCGAAAGAUUGAAUCAAAGAAGCGGAAAAACCCCGCAUGUUGUGUUACCAAAUAUCUCAGGUGUUACCAUUGUCCAGAGGAUGCCUCAGCUCGAGCACAAAGAGCCUAUCACACGAAAGCAUCUCUAGUGUUGCACAUGCUCUGGCGACACCAUCGUCAGUUCAAUAAAUUUCACAAACGUUUGACUGCUAAGCGACUUCAGAGGAGAUAACGAAUGAUUAAAAGUUAUUCGUCAAUGUUUCACCUCGUUUUCCUCGAGUCGUGCAAUUUUCAUUUCACUCGUGAACACAAAGGGGAAAUUAUUAAAAUUAAAAAAAACAGGGAGGUCCAAACGUUUUUCCAUAAUUUUUCAUUGAUAGUUAGGCUUAAGGUACGAAAUGACCAAGGAUAUUAGAAUACGAGAAUUGCUCGGUGAGAGUGAUAUCCAAUCGAUGAGAUUGCCCUAGUGUUUAAGGUAAUAAUGAAAAAUCAAUCGUCAGGAAAAAUUUUUUUAUAUUUCCUAAAGAAUGAGAAUACUUGUAAUUUGUAAAGAAAAUUAUCUUGUUUACGUUGUCAACUUGAAAUAUAUUAUAUCUAUUAUAUUUGGAAGUAAUUUCAAU